UCAAGCUUAGAUGAGAGACAGAGCGGUCGCGAUGUUUUUACUAAUUGAUAUACUCCUCAGUGUUAUCUCGUAUUGUCAUUGUUAUGGACAAGAGAAUCCACAUACGUUUUAUUAUUUCGCGUAUGGAAGUAACAUGCUGGACAGAAGAAUACAUUUAAGAAAUCCAACUGCAGAAUUUUAUUCACCGGCUGUACUAAAGGGUUACAGACUAGACUUCAACCUAUACGUGCCGUCGUGGCGCGGUGCCGCGGCCACCAUCGUCACCGACCCCGGCAGCUCCGUGUGGGGCGCCGUUUGGAUCAUAGAGAGAAAGCAGAUGUAUCGCCUUGAUGAGUUAAAUUUAAGGCAAGAAGGUGUCCACCUAAGAUGGUAUAUCCCAAUAAAUGUUACCGUCACCACGCCCCAAGGAAGAGACCUCAUAGCACGGACUUACAGAGAAAGCAUUCUUCUUCCCAAAUUGAGCGAAGGUGAAACACUUCCACCGGCAAGGAGACCGUCAAAUACUUACUUACAGGUGAUGAUUCUAGGAGCGUAUGAAGCUGGAUUGCCCCCGCAAUACAUCGGAUAUCUGCACACGUUCCCUACCAACGGGAGGAUUGCCGAUAGCCAUAUACGAAACAAGCUCGGCUACCCUUUCAAUGUCUCGUUAUGAUGCUCUGAGAGUAAUUUAAUGUAAGGUUUUGUUAAGAUAUAAAAUUAAAAUUCUAAUUGUAAAGCGUUUGUAGUAUAUGUUGUGUAACUAAAUCUAUGCAUAGGAGUAACCGUGAGUUUCCAUUUAUAUUGUAAAGUCUGUUUUUAUUAAAGAGAAUGCGAGAGGCAUCUUUCAUUGUUAUUACAAAUAUUUUAUACGAGUGUUUUUGAAUAAAAUGUUUUAUAGGUAAGAGGGAGGUAAAGAAUUGAAUAGUUUAAAGUGACGAGGCUGCUAUCUAAUAAAUCAAUAAAGUAAGGAGUAUGUUAGUCUGGUGACAAAAUGUAAAUAACACCUUUAAUUGCACAUACGAAUAGUGCGUCGGUACUAUUUGCAAUAUGUAAAACUGGUUAAGGAGCACGAUAAUAA